CCAAUUGUGUGCCAUCUCCCGGUGAAUCCCUGAAGCAGCCACGGAGGGACAAGGCCGCUACAAACCCGCCUGUCCACUCCCCCCCAGUCCGCUGUGGCUAGGAACCGGGCAGUGGCAACGGUUGGUAGCUGUCUCCAUUCGGAUAGGAGCCUCCCUCCUGCCUGCCUGAAGCCACAUCUUGUGUUGAUCUUCCCUAAAUCUUCAGGUCCGGCCGUCUUCUUGGGGAGAUUGUUUGCCCGCUGGCAAGUUCAACUUUCAAGUUGUAUUCCCGGUAAUACAUCUUGCCAUUUUGCCAUUUCCGUCGGGCACUUUCAGAAGCAAGAUACAGAAUCGCCUCUCCCAUGUUGUCAACACAAGGAAUUCGCCCUACCCCUGACCAUCUUUUGAUCUCCGUCGUCAAGAGUGCUUGACGGGAAAUUCUACUUCAGAUAAAUGUGCACGGCGCAUACGGCUGAAUGCCCAGUUUGCGGGAAAGAAUACCUCAUCUUUGCUGCUCUUUGUCCGGAUUCCCGGCCACCUUCAAGCGACUGCCCUCAGGGGGUGACGAUCAUAAGCGAGGAAAUGCGUGAAGGCGGAUGUCCGAGUCCCGUUUGUCCAAACAGCCUGAGAGGUGGCUGUCAAGUAAUGUAACGACUAGCUCAAUUACAAACAAGGAGAGACUGCCAGGUGCAGCCGAAACAAAAGAAAACACAGAAAGCCACGACAAAGACAGCACACUCGG